AUUUAUUUAUUUAUUAUUCUUUUAGUUGCUUAUUUUGCUCAUCCACAAAGGAAAGCUUCGAUUCUGGAUGUAACGUCCACGUCACUUCCGAUGCGCCAUUUCUCUCCCUUCCGGCCGUCGAUCGCAUAAAAGCCAGGAAGGAUAGACCACCGCGACGCGCCGUUUAUGAAUCGCUUAGCUCGCCAAGUUAGCCCUUUUAACUCGCUCCACCCAUCCCGCCUCUCCGCCACCACCGCCACCGCCACCGCCACGGUGGUCACUUGUAAAUUAAGCUCCCGCCGCGCCCACAAUUCACUCACUUCCCAUCCCGCCGCCCGAUUUCCGCGCCGAGUUCUCCCUCAGGCCUCCGCCUUGGCGUUCUUCGCCACCCGACCCGCCAAUUCCCCGAACCCUUCCGCAGUGAUGGACCCGACCCCGCCGGAAUCAUCGGAGGCGCCGCAACGUUCCGGGGAGGACUUUGUCCACGUCGAUAACCCCGAUCCUAGCGGCGGGGCACUGAGCGACAGCAUCGUUAAUGUUGCUGAUGAGCUGAGGGACGAGGGAGAAUCGGUGGUGGCCUCGGCGGGGACUGCCGCCGGUGAGGCUGAGCCUGAUGAGAGGACGGAAGCCCCCGAGGAGCUCUCGAGAGCUGUGGUGCUGACUUGUGAGUCCAAAGCUGAAACUGGGUCCUGCGAUGUCUACUUGGUCGGCACCGCUCAUGUUUCAGAGGAAUCGUGCAGAGAAGUCGAAGCUGUAAUCCGUUACUUGAAACCAGAGGUAGUCUUUCUGGAAUUGUGCUCUAGUCGUGUGAGUGUGCUUGCACCUCAGAAUUUAAAGGUCGCUAGUCAGCUUGAGGUAUUUCCCGGCUCUGAGUUCCGUGUGGCAUUUGAAGAAGCCAAAAAGUAUGGUGCUAUUGUGAUACUUGGCGAUCGUCCUGUACAGGUAACAUUGCGAAGAACAUGGUUAAAAAUGCCACUUUGGCAUAAGGCAAAACUGGUGUACUCAUUACUCUUUCAAGCUGUCUUCUUAGCAAGUCCACAGGACCUUAAGAAAAUGCUCAAGGAGAUGGAUGAUGUUGACAUGUUGACUCUUGUGAUUCAAGAAAUGAGCAAGCAGUUUCCCACUCUUAUGGAAACCCUAGUGCAUGAGCGAGAUCACUUCGACAUCCAUUAUUAUGAGUCUUGGAUCAUUGCCCCAUCCUCUGCUCAUUUGCUUGGUUUUGCUAGAUGGUUUCUGCUUUAUAUGGAUUCUUAUCCUUUUCAAUUCGCCUAUAGGUACAUGGCAUCCAUGUUACAUAGAUACGCCUGUGAGCACUCAUCUGUGGUUGCCGUGGUGGGAAGAGGACAUCUUCAAGGAAUUAAGAAGAAUUGGCAGCAACCCGUAUCGAUGGAAGAUCUUCUGGAAAUUCCUACCCCUAAACCAAAAGUUUCAGCAUUGAAGGUUAUUACCUCCCUAGGUGUUGGCGCGGCUAUCAUAUCGGGCAUUUACCUUGCCCGCAAGAAAUAGCACCAGGCCAGGAGUUUGUUAUUGAUCUAUACAAAGAAUACAGAACGGCGAACCAGUCGUCUGACCCUUCUGUACCUGUUUUCCCCCCUUUUUUGUUUCUUCCUUUGCUGAAAUAACAUUAUCCGAUUUACCAUUCUAGCUGUUGAGGUCUUGAGGAUUAGUUUAUUGUAGUCGUCCGUGAUACAUGAAUCUUGCUCGAGAGCGUUCCAUUCAUAAUAGCUGAUUUCUUGUAUACUAACUUAACCAUAAAGGGGUAUGUUUGUUUACAUGAUGUUCACAAAAGAGAGCUUGUGAUGUUAUUAAAAUCCGUGAGACAAGGAUUCUGGACACGGUUUUUUGACGAGCCUGCAAACGAGACUUAAGCUGGGGAGACAGGCAGCAAGUAACUCAGGUGUGCUAUGCAACUCACUGUUACAAUCUCGGUUACCCCGUUUGUGAAGCACAUGGUAUCGUGUAUUCAGACUUGUGCAAACGACUCCCCUUAUGAGUUGAAUGGCUUCCGUUUGAGGG